AUGAGACGGGCACUGUGCUAUUUUGGAUUGGUCUCCCUUCUCGCCUUUGGCGAAGCAUCAGAGAGAAUACGCCGUAGCGGAGGCUAUGGUGGUGGUGGCGGCGGCGGGGGCGGUUUUGGUUUCGGGGGCGGCGGAGGUGGGGGCUUUGGAUACGGCGGCGGUGGAGGCGGAGGGGGGGCGGCGGCGGCGGCUUCGGUGGCGGUUCAGGCGGUGGCCUCGGAGGAGGUCUCGGCGGCGGAU